AUGUACGAAGACUCGUGGUACAGCUUCGUGCCGGAAAUUACGAGCAAGAAGCCGACGACUACCGCCCAGCCGCAGACCCAUCGCCGAAGCGAGUCUCUCGGCCAGCAACCGAAUGGCACCGGCAAGGUUGAUGACAUUUCCGAGCCGCUGGAAAACGUCUACGAGGAAAUUGAGGACUCCAACACCCCGCCCGAGCCCACCCUGACGCGCCGCGCCGCCUCCUACUCGGAUUUUUAUCGCGUUGUCAAGGCGCAGCUAGCCAAAGAUGGGGGCGCACGGAGGAAGAAUACGCCAGCGAGCAGGAAGGACAGGAGCUUGGAAGCGCUGACGCUCUGCGCCGAAGCCUCUGCCAUCGGAGCGCACGACGGGUCCGGCGCUGUGCCCGCCGACUUGGCUUUCAAGGACGAGAUGCUCGAGGCCAGCCAGCAGGAAUAUCUGCUCUAUCAAGACCAGCUGACGCUCACGGAACGCCAUCUUGACGGGCUCAUCGACGACGCUAAUGCUGCGCUCAAGCUGCUCACGUCUCUGUCAAACUCCUUCCAAUCCGUCGAAACCCAGACCUCGUCCUUCCAGUCAAAGUGCGAAGGCCUCUUGACUGAACAACGACGACUGGAGAAGCUCGCAGACGAGGUCGGGACAGACCUGCACUACUACGCCUACUUGGACACGGCCACGCGUCGUCUCAAUGCCCCUGGAGCCAGCCGGCUGGUGGAAGACGAGGCAUUUGGCGACAUGGUGGAGAAUAUCGACUCUUGCAUUCAUUUCAUGAGCGCUCACGAAUCAUACCGCGAGCGCGAGUCGUACCUGGCUCGCUACAACGCGCUUCUCACCAAGGCCCUGCAUCUGUUGGACCACGCCUUCACGGGCCGCUUGGAAAAAGUGUCGCCCGAGAUUGCCCGUCAGAUUGCCGCCACAAAGUCCGAGUCGGCCCGCCAUGCCCUGGCCUACGGCCGUUUCGAGGAGAUGAUUACCGACUCGUACUCGUUGCUCCCCAAUAUCCAAAGGGCGGUCCGCUGCGCCUACGACCCAUAUGGUAGGCCGGUAGAGGCGUCGUCUGUCUCGGGAGUCUACGCCAAUUCCGCCGCAAACAUGUUUCGCACCUAUCUCACCACCAGGGACCGGGACCUCAAGGCUAUGACGCAGCACCAUGCCGAGGAGUUCCAAAAGGAAGUCAAGAACCUCUCCGUGGAAACGGCUUGUCGAAACUUUAUCAAGCAAUCGUUUGAAAAAAUGUACAACGAAGACGGCCUGUUCUCUAGGGUGUUCAACGUCGAGCUUAUGUGGAACUCCUCAGCCAGUUCGGCUUUCCAGGCAAUCAAAGCGAUAAACACAUCUAUGGCUCACCCAGGCAAUUUGGCCCCCUUGGCCACCAGCUUACAGAACGUGCUGCAAACCGCCGACCUACAGGCUGUCUGCAAUGUGGUGGGGUGGCUUGCUGGCGAGUACUCCAUCUCGGAGAGUGACGACGAAGAGUCGCCGUCGUUUCGGAGGUACCGAGAGUACGCGGCGCGGCUGCUUGUCGAGCAUCUCUGGUCCUUUACCGACGGCGCGUUUGCCGCAGAAGUGACCAAGUCGAUUUCCAAAGCUCCGAUGCAGGAUGGCGCCCUCAAGAUCGAGCCAGCCGUGGAUGGCGCGGCUUCCUCGAAUGCAUACCCCCUUGUCAGGCGGGCAAUUGAGCUGCUGGCCAUGUUUGACCAGGCCAUGCCCAAGGAACGAUCGGCUAAGAAUAGCUCGGUGGUGUUCAAUAUUAUUCGCGAGACCAUUCAAGUGCUGCAGCGGGCCGAGGCGAGGAUCCGGUCGCUCAAAACAGGCACCGACGCCGACCUCUUUAUGAUCCAAAACUUACUCAUGAUCAAGAACGAGCUGUUUUCCCUCGAAAUCGGCGACAUUAGGAGUCAGCCGCAGUCGAUGCAGCAUUUCGGGCGGAUCUGGGACACGCUCAGCCCCCAGAACUGGACGCUGACGGCCGAAGACAUGAGCGAGCAGCUGGACGAGUUGUUACGGCAGUCCAUCUACGCCUUUACGAAGCGCUGGGGCACAUUGAUCAAUGACUCACAGAGUCGGAAGACGGGCGUCAAGCCGAUAGCAAAGGUGGAGGCCGAGCUGGAGAGCAUGUUGGCGAACGCGUUCCAGAACCACCCCGAGGUCAUUUCGAAGCUCAAGGAGGCGAUUUGGCUCAACGCCCAGGCGCAGAAUAAUGCCAAGGACGCGAAGAGGGGCGCGAAGCGGUAUUAA